UCCUGAACUGAGACCAUUUUGUGCAAAAUUCCAGAAUUGAAUUGAAACUGGCUCUUAAAUUCGAAUUAAAUUCUUGAAUUUCACUUGCAUUUCAAUUGAGGUAGCAAACAGGAAGCAGAAUUGCAAUUCGAAUUGUGCACAACCCUGACUGAGACAGCUUGUAGGAUCUCAGUGAAGAACACUGGAGGUCAAACAUGGGCACGAUUGAAGAAGACAACAAUAACAAGGCUUCUCAGUCAUCACAGAAGGGCCUGACCCUCUGUCUAAUAAGUGCAGCCUUCUUUGGUGCGCUGGGCUCGUCUUUCCUCUACGGCUACAACCUCUCUGUAGUCAACGCACCCUCAAAUUACAUCAAAGCAUUUUAUAAUAAGACGUGGGUGGAGCGUUAUGAGGAACCGAUUGGAUCAGAGACGGUCACCCUACUGUGGUCACUCACUGUGUCCAUCUUUGCCAUCGGGGGUCUGGCGGGCACCUUCACUGUCUCCAUUCUCAUUAAAGUUUUUGGAAGGAAGGGCACCUUGCUGCUGAAUAAUGUGAAUGCAAUAAUAGCCGCAUUACUCAUGGCUUUGGGGGAGACUGCAGGCUCUUUUGAGAUGCUCAUCAUUGGCCGCUUCAUCAUCGGCGUGGACUCUGGGAUUGCCCUGAGCGUCCUGCCCAUGUAUCUGGGGGAGAUCUCCCCAUGCCAGAUCCGUGGCUCCAUUGGCCAGUUCAACUCCAUCUUCAUCUGCCUGGGAGUCUUCAUGGGCCAGGUGCUCGGGCUGCCGGAGAUCUUCGGACAGGAGUCCAGGUGGAACUUCUUGUUUGCGUUCCUGGCAGUGCCGGCUGUGCUGCAACUGUGUGUGCUGCCCUUCCUGCCCGAGAGCCCUCGCUUCCUACUGAUGGAGAGACGCGACGAAGCCAGAGCAGAGAAAGCGUUCCAGGCUUUUCUUGGCAAGAAGGACGUGUCGCAGGAAAUUGAGGAGGUCCACGCUGAGGGCAGGACCCAGAACACAAUCGUGGCGGCGUCGCCCCUUGACCUUUUCCGGAACCGCAACCUCCGCUGGCAGGUCAUCACUGUCGUUGUCACCAUGGCAUGCUACCAGCUGUGCGGCCUUAAUGCGAUUUGGUAUUACACCAAUGGAAUUUUCACAGACGCGGGCUUCAAGAAGGAAUUGAUUCCUUACAUCACCCUCUCAACAGGAGGCAUUGAAACCUUGGCUGCAAUUGUGUCCGGUCUCGUUAUUGAGCGUGUCGGGAGAAAACCUCUGCUUAUAUUUGGCUUCUGUACCAUGGCGUUUUUCUUCGGCCUGCUCACCCUCUUCCUCAAUCUCCAGGAUCGUUUCUCGUGGAUGCCCUACCUCAGUUUUGUCUCCAUAUUGCUUGUGAUCGCCUCCUUCUGCUCUGGGCCAGGUGGUAUCCCCUUCAUCCUGACUGGUGAGCUGUUUGAACAAUCCUAUCGUUCAGCUGCCUUCAUGAUAGCAGGAACUAUCAACUGGCUAGCCAACUUUGCAGUCGGCCUCCUGUUUCCUUUCAUUCAGGAGGGCCUGCAGACCUACGCCUUCCUGGUCUUUGUGGUCGUCUGUCUGAUCGGAGCCGUGUUCCUCUUCUUCAUCCUCCCUGAGACCAAGAACAAGACGUUUGUGGAGAUCAGCCAGAGCUUCGCCAAAAUCAACAACGUCUCUGACCUCAAGCCCACCCAGGAGAUGCAGGACGUGCUGUCAUUCAAGCCAGUACAAGAAGAGGUCAACAGAAUGGGUGUUAUCGAGAUAGAGAGCUCGUUUUAGUCGGUCAUAUCAGGUGCUGUUCUCUGAUUGUGUAGACAUACAUCAUGGUGUGUGUGUAUUUAUGUUCAGGAUGAAUGAGAUGCUGUCGUCAAAGCGAUAAUGUGCUUUUUGUAUCAUACACUUGUGUUUUGUAUAAACCCAUAUUUUUUUUAUUUUAUUUGUAUUUGAAAUAAAAUGUGUUAAUUGUA